AAUAUCGCUCGCUCGGCGGCUCGUAUCUCAAAACACUCGUAUGUCAGGGCACUCGUAUGUCGAGGUACCACUGUAUAUGUCAACAGUAACAAAUGCAUCACCUCUGUCGUCCGAGCAGUUACAAUAUUGUUACCUAUCGGUCGACAUUCACUAUUGCAAGAUUGAAUUAUGUAGCUUUAUUUUGACCAUGAUGUUGAGUAAAGAUAUUAAAGAGUUAUAGGCAUUCACUCUCAGAUUUUUGAUAUAUGCACAAGUAUGCCUGUUGAUAUAUUUCCCGUAUAAUCACGUGAUAAAUAAUAUAAAGCUUUUUUGAUGUGAAUCUUCCUCAUCUGCAGACGCAGCCGAUGGCAGGGAAAUACCCAACACCCGGAAAUAUUUUCCUGAUAUCAGUGAUUUACUUUUCACAUACGCUUCAGAGGUCCACACAUCAAGACAGUGUCGCUUUUCACAAUCUAGACUGUGUACAAAGUUUGUGUACAUUGUUUUAUGUAGUUUAAACCGUGGUGUUGUAAGCAACGGUUUCUCGACCAGGAAUCAAACAUGAGGACUGGUUCUUGGAUUGUGCUGCCUUUUGUCAUUGCUUGUUUUGUGCAGUCAACAUAUUCAGAUUCAGGGCAGCCAAAUGUGCUUACAACUGAUUGUCCAAAGUACGUUCGUGAAGGCAACAAUCUGUCCUGUACAUGUCAAACAACAGACAACACUGUUAACCCAUAUUGGAAAGAGCAGAGUGGUUCUGCACAACUGGUAAAAAACAAUGUUAGUCGCCAUGACAACGGAACAGUUUUCACAUGUGCGAUGAAUUUGGAUGAAGUAACCGUGAAUUACACCUUACUUGUAGCCUAUGGUCCAGAGAAAGUCCAAAUACUAGGACCGUCCAAUUUCACCACCAACGGUUCUCAAUACAUGACCUUGACCUGCAAUACCACAGGCUCCUACCCAGAAGCCAACUGUUACUGGGGAAAUGUGAGAUGUCAGUCACCCAACCCGACUCCAACUUGUAUCUUCAGACCUCGGGGAAGAUAUGACGAAGGAAAAAACAUCUCCUGCUAUGCAUUUAAUAAAGAAUCUGAUACGCGCUCAGCACCUGACAUUUUUACUCUUCGUCUACAUUAUCCUCCGGAGCUUGCCCCACAUAUCACUGCAAGAAGAAAGGUCAACUCAACAACAGUGGACAUUGUCACCUGCUCUGUGACAGGUGGCCAUCCUCAGGUGUCGUUUGUAAAUCUUACCUGCGAUGACACACGCAAUUCUUCGCUCUCCGAUGACUCACCAGAGACAAACCAGACAGAUGUUGUAUUCACUUCUAUUGUCUUUGCGCUGGUGGGACCUCGCACAGUUUCAUGCACUUGUCAGGGUGUGUGGUCACCUCAGCAAGACAUGUACCAACACAUCGUCAACGCCAGCUUCUACUUCUCACAUGAGAAAAGACACUCACCGUUAGACUUACUGAUGGCAGUAAUUAUAGGAUGCCUGACCUUUGUUGCCCUCAUAGCGGUGUGUGUUUUCACAGCAGUCUUGUGCAAACGACUUAAGACAGAACAUUAUCAGACAUUUUAGAAAAAGAAUGCAUUGUUGACAACCAAAUCAAUAAUGAUAAUGUCAAAAAGAACAAAGAUUCAUCAUCAAGUGAUUGCCUUACACCCGAUACACCAAAGUAAAGAUGAAGGCUGUUCAGCGCCACACAGUGAUCUGUGCGAAACUAAAAACGAUUAUGAAACAGAGGAUUCGUUCACUUUGAAUUUCCCGUCGGUAGCUGGACAGGAAGAAAAGAAGCAACAGAACUACUAUGAUCUGUGUGACAUACCGGACGGACAAACGGCUGCCCCUAGCGGAGGUCAACAUCAAGAAUCAGAUGAUCACUCUGACAUCGUUAGGGUCGAUGGAAAAACCUGAAUCAGAAACCAAAUCUGCUUUAUAUUCCAUACUGGACACCACCGAGCUAAAGCUUCCUGCCAAAAAGAAAUCGGGUCACCUUGCUGUCCCCUACUCCAUUGUUGACGUGUGUGACCAGCCAUACAGCCGGCCAGCAUCUACUGACUCGAAAAUAUGUACCACCAGACCAAUGGCGGCACAAAGCAGGGGAAGCUCACCUAUAAUGAAAAAAGAGAUUGACACUGGUUACCUUAUCCCAAAAGAAAAAGAAGAAGCUGUUGAUUGUUUGCGCGAGCCCAACGUGUACAAUGUUUUGAGACUCAGCAACGCGGUGUCCUCACGCAGUAGUGACUAUAAGAAAGUUCCAGAAGUAAACAGAAAGAGGGAUACAGUCCACGACAACUACUCGAACCUGUCCAGGGAAAGUGGGAUAUAUCACCAAGAGGAGAAGGCAGCUGCAGGGGAUGAUCUGAGGAUCAAUGGUAACAAACCUUUAAUAAGACCUGUCGAGGAGGACAAUACCAAUGCUGAAUGCAAAGAUUCCGUUUACUACAGCGCAGAGUCUGUCUUAAGUGACAGCAUCGAAAUAAUGGACGAGUGUCAGCCGUACGUGUACGAUGAGUCUCACUACAACAGGAUCUCUCUCUGCAAUGUGGAGGAACAGAUGCCACUCUCCUUAGAUGGUGAAAACGUGUACGAGUCUCUGGACGGGACCGGGAUGUCUGCGCCUCAGUGACCACGUGACCCACACCACGUUCUUCCACUGCCUUUUUUCCCUCCUCAAAUUUUUAUGAUUUUUCUUUCUUCCUUCCUCAUUUAAUGUCGAAAAAUUUAAUUCAAUGGCGUAGUCCUUUCUAUUCAAGAUCGUUGGUAUUAAAGAUCUGGGACACAAUCCUCAAAAUAAAUUGAAUAUAAGGUUGUUGCCAUUUAGUUCAUGGCAGAGUCCAUGUUGCAUGGAAAUAAUUCCAUUGUACGUUUUAUAUCGCUACUCCUUCCAGCCCUUCAAUUUCUUUUUCGCUCUUUAGUUACAAACCGCGAGAGGUUUGGGAGACUAUUUCAUUUUUAUGGCGAUUUACAUUAACUUUUAAUGGCAAUAAUUCCGAAGGUGUAAUAUUUUUAACUAUUUUGCAAUACAUGCUUUAACAAUGUUAAAUCGGAGGCUUUUCUCUCAGUGUAGUGCAUUUCUUAGCACUUUUUAAAAAAUUCAUGCUCAAUGACAAUUUAAAUGUGCAUACUUUUGGAACAAUUUAGGAUCUUUUACUGUUCCUUAAUAUACCAGAUGUGACACAUUUUCAGUUCAGGACAAUUACCACAAGUAUUAAGACAGGUCUUCAGUUUAACAAGAUAAAAAUCUGUGCAAGUCGCAUUAAGUGGAUCGCAUUAAGUUAAAUCUUAGGAUUUAAAAGUGAAACUGUUUCAGACAUGAGUGACAUGGAAGAGUAACCACUUACAGCUCACAAAACAAAAGCGAAACUAUUAAAACAACAUCGGCAAAUAAAGCAAAAGAGUCGAAAGAGAAAUACUAUAAACUCUUUGCUUCUAGCAGUAACAGUCGUAGUAACAAACAAUAAAAACGAGAUUAACAAACAAAUUGGUGCAUGAAGCAAUCCAUUUUAUUACUCUUUUGUAAUAAGUCUCUCGUGGAAAUGCAUAGGCUAUAAUAAUGAUUCUAAUGUGAAUAUCUUCCUGUAUGAUAUGACAUGAACAAUGACAAAUCUUUGCGUGUAUAUUUUUUUUCCUGCCGAAAUCCCGCAAACCAUUUGCAGCUGUCCCUAUUUUAAAAGGUAGUACCCCUUUAGGAUUGUUUUUCAGACUUUCGAGAAAGUUUCGACAUGCUUUUUUGCAUGGAGAGCAUUUCAUUGACGAAUGUCACUGUGAUCGAGUUAUAAGAGACAUACCAGGACAUUCACAUAAUUCAUUUUCUUGCACAUGCGUUAGUAAAUGUGAACAGCAGGGUCAUGUUCUAUUUAGGAUUUGUAACUGUUUGAAUUGUCAUCUAAAUUAUUAACAUGCUGAUUAUCUAAUAGCUAAUAUGUAAGAAAAGUAAAGAUUUAUAUCAACUG